CGUCAGAUCGCGCUAGGCAGCCGCUCACGCGACAGCAGCCAAAACGCGUGCUUUCCGCCGCUACAGCCGUGGAGCGAUGAUGCCCCAGCCCGCCCAGGCGGCGCCCGCCGCGGGCGCGGCCACCAACACUACAUCUCAUGUCGCGUCGGCGGCAGCCGCAGCUGGCUAUGGCCCCGUACUGCGGCCACGUGCGCCGCAGGUGGCGGCACCAGCGCCAGCAGCGCGCGGCGAGGGCGGAAGCCAGCGGGCACAGGCGGGUGCGCCCGCUGCUGCUGCUGCUGCUGCAGUUGCUGGCCCCGGCGGCGGUGCGGGCUCGGGCGACGCCGCCGAUCUGUAUGAGGUACUGGGCGUGUCCCGUGGAGCCACUGACAUCGAGGUCCGGCGCGCCUACCGCAACCUGCUGACACGUGCCCACCCCGACAAGCCGGGCGGUGACGCGGCCGCGUUCCGGCGCAUCCAGUCCGCCUACGACGUGCUGUCUGACCCCGGCAAGCGGCGUGUGUACGACAGCACGGGAGUCAUCCAAAAGAGCCCCGACCAGGAGUUUGUGGAGCGCUUCGCCGGCGGCACCUACAGCGACCCGCGGCAGACGGCAGCUGCUGCGGCUGCGACUGACGGGCCCGGCGGCACCAGCAGCACUGCUGGUGGUCUGGGCCCCGGCAGCAACGGCGGUGGCAGUAGUAUGGCCGACCAGAUCAUUGUGCGGCAUCGGGCCACUGAGCCACAGAGCCACACCGCUGGAUUCGAGGCGUGGCUUCGCUCCCGCGGCGGUGCGGCCGCCGCCGCGGGCCGUGUGUUCGACGCCGAGGCGGUGGCGGAGCAGUUCGGAGUGGCGGCCCAGUCGUACGACCCCGUGAUGCUGCCGCGGGGGGCCGAGGUGCUGCAGGUGGUGUGCCGCGGUGUGGGCGGUGUGCAGCUGGCGGAGGCGCUGGCGCUGCAGGCGGCGCCGCUGCCGGCGGAGCUGGAGUGGGGCCACGUGCUGGUGGCCAUGCGGUUUGCUCCCGUCAGUGCCGCCGACCUGUACACGGCGCGGCUGGGCGGCGUGUACGGCGCUGACACGGCGCCGCAGGUGCCGUACACGGCCGGUCACGACGGCGUGGGAGUGGUGGUCAAGGUGGGCCCGGGCGUGAAGGCGCUGUGCGAGGGCGACCUGGUGCUGCCGCUGAGGCCCUUCGCCGGCACAUGGGCCACCGCAGCCGUGUGGCACCAGCGCGCGCUCAUCAGGCUGCCUCAGGGCGGCUACGGGCUGCCUCUGGAGCUGCUGGCGCUGUCGCGGGAGAUGGUGGUGGCGUACACACUGCUGGAGGGGGCGGGGCUGAGGCCUGGCGAUGCCGUGAUCCUCAACGCCGCCAACAGCAGUGUGGGCCAGGUGCUGCUGCAGCUGGCGCGGCUGCUGCGGCUGCGCACCGUGGCUGUGGUCAGGCCGCCAGCACAGCCCCACGCGGCGGCGGCGGCGGCGGCGGCGACCGCGGGGCACAAGGGCCCGCCUGCACCCGCCGCCGCCCGGUCCGCCACCAUGACGCCCAGCGGCGCUGCCUCUGCUGCUGGCACGACUACUGCCAGCGGCUCUGGGGGCGGUGCUGGUGCUGGUGGCGGCAGCGGCGACAGCAAGUGGGACCGUACGGCGGCGUGGCUGCGCGGGCUGGGCGCCACAGAGGUGCUCAAGGACGAAGGAUCGUUGCGGGCCGAGCUGGACCGGCUGCACUUCCACGCGCGGCCGCGGCUGGCGCUGGAUGCAGUGGGGGGCGACUCAGCGGCGCGCCUGGCAGAUGCCCUGGGCGAGGGCGGCGAGCUGGUUGUGUACGGCUGUAUGAGCGGCCGCUCCCCCGCGCUGACGUGGCAGACACUGCUGUUCCGCGACCUGAGGGUGCGCGGCUUCAACCUGAGGCGCUGGGCCGCGGCGGGUGUGCCGCCGCCGCUGGGCACAUCAGCCGCUGCGGCCACCGCCGCUGCUUCUACGAGCAGCGGCAGCAGCAGUGUUGGUGGCGGCAGUGCUACUGCCGCCGGCUACGGCGGGCCGGGUCGCUACUGCGCGGCGCUGGAGGCUCUGGGGAAGCUGGUGGCUGCGGGCAUGCUGACAGUGGCAUACACCGAGUACGACAUCACCGAGUUCCCGGAGGCCCUGGAGCACGCACUGGAGCGCGGCCGCGACACCAAGGUGCUGCUCAACUGCGGCAGCUGCGGCCCAGCGGCGGAGAUGAUGGCGGCGCUGCAGGGCCGGGCGGCGCACCAGCGGCAGCAGCACCAGCAGCAGCCGGGACCGGCGGUGCCGCUGGCGGUUGCCAGUGAUGUGGAGGUCGAGGAGGAGGAGGAGGAGGAAGAGGAGGAAGAGGAGGAAGAGGAGGAGGUGCUGGCUCGGCCCGCGGGAGGUGCGGGCAAGCACGUUGCGUUCUCACUGCCGCGCGAGGGGGAGCCGGCAGGAGCUCGCGCCGCGCUGAAGCAGGGCAAGGGAGGAGCACGCCAGCAGGGCGGCAAGCCGGUCGUGAUCUCAACUGCUGACACCAGCAUGCAGCCGCAGCAGGAGCAGUGGCAGUGACAGUAGCGCUAGAGGUGCAGCAAUCGGCGAUGCCUGUUGUGCAUGGACGUAGCGCGAGGGCCACACCAGGCCCCAUGGCGGACGACUGCCGGCUACUGCCGCCACCCCGCCGGGGUGUACCUGCCGCGAGAAGUGUGUGGGACCGGAGGGUGGAGGCAAAAUGUGCAGGCUCGGGCUCGGUUGUUGAAUGGGUGCGUAUGUCGUGCGGCACAUAUUAUUGGAAGCGGUGAAUUAGGUCAUGGUUAAGUUGCCAAUGUGAUGCCACGGUAAAACGCCUUGACAUGUGGGACUUCAGUAGUCAGCUGGUCGUUGCAAGCACGUACUACUGCCAUGUAGCUCAUGUCUGUGUGCAUAUAUUUUGUCCGUGCUGUAAGGAUGCCCAAUC